AUGAAUAGCGACUUCACUUUGCUACCACUCCACUGUGUUGAGAGACGACGAGUUGGACACAACGACAGGAACUACCCAGGAACAGUUUUCACCACGGGUCCAAAGAUAUUAAUGUGCUGGGGAAGCUCCCAGAAGCCAAAGAAGAUGCGAAUGAGUCGUAAUGUGGAUUCAUACGAGGGGUCUAUCUCGCUGGCGAUAUGUGAUUCUAACGGCAAUGGAGACAGCAGUCGAAGUUUUGAUAUCUUGGACGUGGAUGAAAUUUUACUGGUUAAAAAAAGAUUACUCAAAGUUUGUUAA